GCACACUGCGAGGGCGGCCGUGUCCGCGACGCGUGCGGCUGCUGCGAGGUGUGCGGCGCGCCCGAGGGGGCUGAGUGCGGCCUGCAGGAGGGCCCGUGCGGCGAGGGGCUGCAGUGCGUGGUGUCCUUCGGGGUCCCGGCCUCGGCCACCGUGCGGCGGCGCGCGCAGGCCGGCCUCUGCGUUUGCGCCAGCAACGAGCCGGUGUGCGGCAGCGACGCCAACACCUACGCUAACCCGUGCCAGCUGCGUGCCGCCAGCCGCCGCUCCGAAAGGCUGCACCAGCCACCGGUCAUCGUCCUGCAGCGUGGCGCCUGCGGCCAAGGGCAGGAAGAUCCCAACAGUUUGCGCCAUAAAUACAACUUUAUCGCCGAUGUGGUGGAGAAGAUCGCGCCUGCCGUGGUUCACAUUGAAUUGUUUCGCAAGCUUCCUUUUUCUAAGAGGGAGGUGCCCGUGGCCAGUGGGUCUGGCUUUAUCGUGUCCGAAGAUGGACUCAUUGUGACAAACGCCCAUGUGGUGACCAACAAGCACCGGGUCAAAGUGGAGCUGAAGAGUGGUGCCACCUACGAAGCCAAAAUCAAGGAUGUGGAUGAGAAGGCGGACAUUGCACUUAUCAAAAUUGACCAUGAGGUAAGUGUGUUCCCCACCCGCAGAACCGAGUUCUCAGGGGCCCUGGCUAAACGUGGCAAAACCUGGAGACAUCACAAGGCACCAGAGCUCCCUGAUUCCAAGAGAUUCUCAGGGAGAGAGCUGAAGCUGGACUGAA